AUGACGCCACCCCGUUGCGGCGCCGCCAUCACCAACGCCCUUCUCGCCUCCUUGAACCCUUCCCCUUCCUCCUCCUCCCACCCUCUGCCGUCGACUGAUACGAACCCUCUAUUGGCGGUCGCCAUUUCCCUCGUGUUCCUCUUCAGAAACUUCUCCCCCUGGCCGAAUUCUGCCCCCUCCUCUUUCCGUCCGAGGUCCGCGAGGAAGAUGAGAGGGACAAAGGCAUCUCCGGCUACGCGAUCGCCGUCCACAAGCCCCCCGUCGACAACUGCGAGGACGGCGCUGGCGUUCUCCUCGGCGGAGUCGCUCUCCGAAUGGCUCCGACCUCGCCUCCCCGCUGAAUCCUUCGCUUCAUGGGGCAUCAAGCCCGGCACGAAGACCGUCCACAACCUCUGGCUCGAGGUCUCCCUGGGCGAGACCUCCCUCCUUCUCCAAGCCACCGACGGCCGCGAGGACAGAGGGAUCGACCCUUCCAUCCAUCGACAAGAACAAUUAGGUCUGGCACCGGAUCUCUCCCUCCUCCGUACAGUUCAGGUGGCUUCCGUCCAGAUCAGAAACGCCCGAGGAGAGUUGCUCGUGGAGACCCACCAGCUCCUCUCCGACGGAACGAUCAGGAGCCGCCGCCGCCCCCUCUCUGAGAAGAUGAAGCCGAGCGAGUCCGUGGAGGAGGCCACAUCGAGGGCCAUCCGCGAGGAGCUCGGCGAGGGGGCAGUCGUGAGAAUUGUGCCGGGCUCCUAUCGGACGAGGGUGGAGGAGAGGCCCUCGGCCUCCUACCCUGGCCUCCCCGCGCGAUACGUCCUCCACCUUGUUGACGCGGAGGUGGAGGGCGUCCCACAGGAAGGGGAGUUUUCCACGGAGGAAUCGGGGGAGUCCGGAUAUCCCCAAGGAGCCUUGUUUGUUCAGAGGCAUUUCUGGAAGUGGAUCCCUAACGAUGCUGCUCGCGAUGCGGAAUAA